AUCAAUUGAUUAUUAAUAAUAAUUUGAUAAAAUCAUCCUGGGCUAUUACUUCUGGGUAAAUCAGAGUGCAAGAAUCGUGGUGGUUAUGGUGGUCCAUAGUGAUUUACAGAAAGGAGAAAUCGGGGUUGCCAGAUAUCACCCUAACUGUCUCUAGGGAAAAAUGUGAUUUUCUCUUUUCACAGAUCAUGGCAACAGUUCAUUUUGCCGCAAGCAGUUCCAUCCACAGUUUGUCAAUGGAAGUGAUUGAUUAUUUAAAACAGUAGUUGUGGGUUAAAUAUCUGUGAAAUGAAUUCGUUGAUUACAUAGUAAAACAGUUAUUACCUGUCAAUAUAGACAAACAUGUUUUUUCUGUAAGUUUCCUGAAACUUCUAUCUUCAAUAUCCUAGCUGUGGACUUAUAUUAAUACUGGGCUGGGUGUAAAGGAUGGACCAGGUUUACUACCUAUAUCGGGAAUCGCUCUUGAACGUGACGAGAACCAUGGACGAAACCAAUCUGGGCAACGAGGGUGAUAGCUUUGGCAUGGGCGUCAUUCGUAAAGAGAUUGACCUCACCAACGAGGAAAAACAAUACCUACUCGCGGUGGAGCGAGGUGAUAUUCCGUCAACUAGACAGUACUUGUCUUUAAUUGGUCAUUGCUCAAAUUUGAACAUUAACUGUGUUGACCCGCUUGGAAGAACAGCGCUCCUCGUCGCAAUAGAGAAUGAGAACAUCGAAAUGAUAGAACUGCUGUUGUCACACAACAUCGAGGUCGGUGAUGCACUCCUGCAUGCCAUAAACGAGGAAAACGUAGAAGCGGUGGAGCUCAUACUGAACCAUGAGGUCAACCUUAAGGGAGAGGAGGUGCUUCAUGAGACUGCUCCUUCCAGCUCUUUCACGCCUGAUAUCACACCUAUCAUCCUCGCUGCUCACCGUGACAACUACGAGAUCAUCAAAAUACUCCUUGACCGCGGAUUCAGAAUUCCCAAACCUCAUGAUGUGCGAUGCAGUUGCAAGGAUUGUGUCACACAAAGCUCAGAAGACAGUUUACGCCAUUCGCGAUCCAGGAUUAACGCUUAUCGUGCAUUGGCCAGUCCAUCUUUAAUAGCCCUUUCUAGCAAAGAUCCAAUUUUGACUUCGUUUGAACUCAGUUGGGAAUUGAAACGUUUAAGUAAACUUGAGAACGAGUUCAAAGUAGACUAUGAAAAACUUGCCAAAAAGUGUCAAGAAUUUGCUGUUGAUUUGCUCGAACAAACACGAGGCUCUAAAGAGCUUGAAGUGAUAUUAAAUCAUGACUCAACACGUCCAGAAAAUGAACAGAAUAUACCGGCCAGCGACAACAAAAUGAAAUUAAGUCGUCUCAAACUCGCCAUCAAAUACAAACAGAAAAAGUUUGUCGCCCACCCGAACUGCCAGCAGCUACUUGCCACCUUGUGGUACGAGGGAUGCCCUGGGUUCCGACGCCGGAAUAUUGUUUGGAAGCUCAUUAUUACGGUUUUCAUCGGGUUUAUGUUCCCGAUUCUCAGCUUUGUUUACCUCAUCGCCCCCAAGAGCAGCAUCGGCCACCUUAUGCGCAAACCAUUCAUCAAGUUUAUAUGUCACAGCUCAUCAUAUAUCUUAUUUCUGACUUUGUUAAUCCUGGUAUCCCAGCGUGUUGAGAUUCCAUUCCUGGACAACCACACAGCCUCGUUUGUAAAAGACACGAAAACAGAGCUCCGUGGGGCACCUGCUACAUCCAUUGAGUGGAUGAUUCUUGCGUAUGUGGUGGGAUUAAUAUGGACAGAGAUUAAACAGCUGUGGGACGAGGGCGCGGAUGAGUAUUGUCACGAUAUGUGGAAUAUACUGGACUUUGUCACCAACGCGCUGUAUAUUGCCACACUCACUCUCAGGGUUAUUGCAUAUCUACAGGUUCAAAAGGAAAGAGAACUAGGCCGCACAGAGCAGGCAAAUCUUCAACGCCGAGAAUGGGAUGCCUACGACCCGAAUCUGAUCGCAGAGGCCCUGUUUGCAGCAGCAAAUAUUUUUAGCUGCCUAAAGCUCAUCUACAUCUUCACUGUGAACCCCCACCUUGGGCCACUUCAGAUCUCCCUCGGCCGUAUGAUAAUGGACUUGAUGAAGUUUGCAGUCCUCUAUCUACUGUUGCUCUUCUCAUUUGCGUGCGGCCUCAACCACCUUCAUUGGUACUACUCAGCUUUAAGGCGGGAGGAGUGUAACGUGCAGGAGGGACACCAGGUGUACACGGCUGAUGCAAAUGGGAACACCUACCAGAUGGACGCAGAUCCAUGUGAUAGGAGAUUUAAAAGUUUUGCCAACCUUUUUGAGAUCAGUCAGAGUCUGUACUGGGCCAUCUAUGGUCUCGUCGAUCUGGAUCAUCUUGAACUAGAAGAGGACCAUGAGUUCACGGAGUUUAUCGGCAAGCUCAUGUUCGGCAGUUACUCUUGGAUUGGCUUUGUUAUCCUGUUGAAUCUUCUCAUUGCCAUGAUGAGUAACUCCUACCAGAAUAUCUCGAGCCAGGCAGAUGAAGAGUGGAAGUUUGCACGUUCUAGACUGUGGAUCAGUUACUUUGAUGAGAGCGGCACCCUCCCCGCACCUUUCAACAUCAUCCCAAGCCCCAAAACAUUCUACUACAUUCUGCUCUGGUUUCGGGAAAAAUUGUUCAUCUGCUCCAAGGAUCGGAAACGAAAUCGCUGGCAAAGCAUACGGCGAAUAAGAUUCUUUAAAAAAGUGGUGAAGAAGCUCAAUGAAAGAGAAAUAAGAUACCAGGCAGUUAUGCGAGACCUGAUAAAGCGCUAUGUGAUGGCCAAGCAGCGAAGUCCACAAAGGGGAGAGGGCGUGACGGAAGACGAUGUGAACGAGCUAAAACAGGACAUUUCCUCGUUCCGAUAUGAGCUCCUAGAAAUCCUCCGUAACAAUGGCAUGAAAACUCCAAACCUCAAUUCAGGAAAGCCUUCUAGUAAGAAGAACCUGCUGCGUUACUGGAAGCGAUUCGCUGACAGUGAAAGCUUUGAUAGUUUAAACAGCUUCGACCAUUCAUUGUGAUGUUUCGGAGAUACUGUGAUAUUGUUUUGUUGUGUUGUCCACUUGUGGUCAAAGUUACAUGGACUCUGUUGCUAUGGAAGCAGAUGAGAUUUUAUGAUGGUUGUAAUGACUUUUUCACUUUAUUAUAUUAUACAAUUGCCAAAAUCAGAAUUCAGAUAUAUCACAUAAUUUAGAGUACAUUAUUAAGAAAGUUUAUCCUUUUCAUAGUCAUUCAGUUACCGACACCCAAAUCACAAGUCAUGGCAACCAUUUCUAGCAUUAUGCCAUGCUUUCCUUUGUUUUAUUGAAAUGUCACAUUGUGCUUCACAUGUUUUUAGUGGCAGUAUUAUUGAUCUUCCAGUUUAAGUCAGUGCAAUAUAUUUUUAUGAUUUUCUGUUGGUAUUUUUGUGGUAAAUGUUAUUCUUGUGUUCACUAGUAGCUCAUCCAGCUAACAAAAAUUUCCAUAUAUAUCUCUCGUUGUUGUUUUUCAUGUUUUUUCCCCAUUUUGAAUUGUCCAUAGUCAUUUGUACCAUUUCACCAGAUUUUUAUCUUUCCUAAUACACUAACAUUUUUGUAUAUAUAUACAUAUAUAUAUCUACGUAGUUAAUCUAUUUUUUUCAUUCCAUGCACGUUUAGAGAUUAUUCCAAACUUUUUAUAAAUGUUUUGUUUAGAGAUUUUAUAAGUGUUUCAGCUGCCCCACCCACCCAUCCUGUACAUGUCAAUCACUCCAGUCUGACUUCCGCACAGUUUGUAAGACAGAAGACUGUCAAGAAGGAAAAACCAAAGACGCUCCUUGGAGACUCUAAAAAAAUCUUUCAGCCCAGCAAACAAUGUUGAUGGUAGCUCUACAGUUACCCCCAACACCUCUU